AUGGCAGCCAUAAAGCCAGAAGAUUCAGAUCAUUCAAUUUGGCAAGGCUACGCUCUUCAACCACCUCAUACUUCUCAUCAAACAACCUUCGAAUCUAAUUUUCCUUCUGGUCCUCUGGCAUUGCCAUACCAUGCAAGACAGAAGGGGGGUUACCGAUCGAUGGAUAUCCCCGCAAUCAACACAAGACCUCCUCACAGGGAAGGGAAUGGAGUGUUGACUACUUCACCACCACUAAAUCCUCAUCAUAGUUAUCCUUCCCUCAAACGACCAUUUCAUUCUGCAGAAGAUUCGCCAUAUGGCGAAGUAGUGCAAGACUUCCGAGAAGAUUUGUCCGAACAUCCAAAACCGAACAUCAGUCAAGACCAUAGACUACUUUCCUUCAGCAAACGAUCACCAAAGCAUACCAUCGUAGACCAACACGGAAGAAUACAACAGUUAGAUGUCUCAGCGCAAAUCCAUGGAAUGUUCUUCUUGUCCGAAAUGACAACCCCCACGGGGGAAGGAGUGAUUGUCCAGCCGGAGUUGACCUGUUACCGUAGGAACCUGUUCCAAAUUUCCGGAUCUGUCACCACACCCCGAGGCGCUUUGUCGGUGAUUACGGAGCGCGGAGAACGCAUUCCAAUUAUAUCCUUGGAAGUAACCAUUAGUGCCACCGAAUCAGUUGAUGGCCACUCUGUCAAACUGAUUGUUAUCCCAUGGAAAACGCCUCCACCAAACUCUCCCGAAGUAACACCUGGCCAGGAGCAGGAGCCUUCACCUAUUCCUCUCCUUUCAUUUGAUGAUGGAGCUCCUGAUACGAACAAUGAGUUCGCUGUUUACCCAAUCGCCUACAGAAGACUUCAGUUCAGGAUCGCGACGGCGAACAAUGGUCGAAGACGAGAGCUUCAACAACAUUUUACCCUACAUUUGAAUGUUGUAGGAACCUUGGGAAACAAUACGAAGAUCAAUGUUUGCGAGACGGCGACAGCGCCCAUUGUGGUCCGCGGCCGAAGCCCAAGGAACUUUCAAGCAAGGAAGGAAAUAGCGCUUGUCGGAUCUUCAGCUUCUCGAGGCCAGGCACCAGAAAUGCAAAUUGCAAAUGGCAGCACACCUGCCAGUGCUACCAUGAAAUCAAAAUUGGCGAAACCUCACACGCUUGAAUUACCUCGAUCGCCAUUCAACUUCGACGCAAGUAAUCUUCCUAUAUCCCCACAUUUGAUGAGACAGCAGACCUUACCAUCAUGGUAUGCUUCGCCACAUGCAUCAGAACAUACCACAGGACCAUCAACUCCGAGCUAUCAAGGACCGCCGCCGUCGUUGUCAAUGGAUAAUUAUCUUCAGGGAAACCAUUCCACUUCAGAGAAUCCCCAGACACAUUCUCCGGCUUCUACAAUGCCAGCGCCAGCACCCCCAGUACGAUCGUAUACAUACCAAAGUACAACUUCACCCAGUGGCGCCCCCAUUCGAUUCAUAGAUAGCAAUCCACGACCCGCGAAAUCACCUCGUCAUCAAGCACCCCCUGAGCUGAAUUCAUCUUUCUCCUCCGACUUCACGGCUCGGUUUACCGCUCCUGCUCCCUACAGCUCCACCAGCGAGGCUGCCGCACAACCAAGAGAAUACUUCCCAACCUCUAUGUCUAUGCAGCCAUGGACCACCGCCCAGGACACCGCAUCUACAUAUGGAACCACGUUGCCCGCAGUCACUAGUUCUCAUUAUGAGUACCCUGGAGAUCAGCAUUAUGUGAAAGACGAAGGUCACUCUCUGCCACCACCACAGCAUCAACAGCCCAGUCAGCAACACUACACUUGGAGCGCCGCAUAG